AUGUGAGUUGAAUUGGCAGCAGCUUUGUUCGAGUUCGUCCGAAUCCACCAGAAUAACGAAAUCAAGCUUACAGCUGAACAGGUGAAGACUGAAGAAUAUGUUUCUCAUCCCCUUUCAAUUCACAAGCAAAAAGCUCUUUGGUUCCCUUUCUUUCUUCCCCGUUCAAUUCAACACUUAUUGCCAGCAAACCACUCAUCUGACGUCUCAUUUGCUGGAUAAACAGGCGGAGGAAGACGAAGAAGGAGAGGAGAGCGUAAAUGUAAACAACAGGUCUUACUGGGGUAGAAAGAUUCACAGACUCUGCACAAUUGAACGAAACGUAGACGGCGCACUUCAUCUCCUCGACCGCCUCCGUCUCCGAGGGUAUCGCCCUGAUUCGCUCAACCUUAGCAGCAUAAUCCACGCUCUCUGCGAUUCUAAUCGUUUCUCCGAGGCCCACCACCGCUUUAUCCUAUCUAUCGCCUCUGACUGUGUCCCUGAUGAGCGUACUUGCAAUGUCCUCAUUGCCCGCCUCCUCGACGCCAGAACUCCGGAUCAAACACUGCACCUUGUCUGCGGUUUAAUUGCUGAAAAGCCAGCAUUUGUGCCAUCGUUAAUCAAUUACAACCGCCUAAUUGAUCAGCUAUGCUCCAUUUCGCAUCCAAUUGAAGCCCAUAGGUUGUUCUUCGAUAUGAAAAGUCGUGGGCAUGCUCCGAAUACUGUCACCUAUACUUCUCUUAUCAAUGGGUUUUGCAAGGUUGGGCAAUUGAAUGUUGUUCGGAAACUGUUUGAUGAAAUGGGCGAGAAUGGUGUUGUUCCAAAUUCACUCACGUAUAGUGUAUUGCUGAGAGGUGUUUUGAGGAAGCGGAAGGUUGAGGAGGGGACGGAAUUGAUGCGCCAGCUUUGGCGCAUAAUGAUUGAUGAGGAGGACCUUUCUGUCAAUAAUGCAGCUUUUGCUAAUCUUAUUGAUUCUCUAUGUCGAGAAGGGUUCUUUCAUGAAAUUUUCAGGAUUGCUGAAGAGAUGCCUCAAGGGAAAAGCGUCAACGAAGAAUUUGCUUACGGGCAGAUGAUUGAUUCUCUUUGCAGAGCUGGACGGAAUCAUGGGGCAUCAAGGAUUGUGUAUAUAAUGAGAAAGAGGGGAUUUUUUCCAAGCUUGGUUUCAUACAAUUCUAUAAUCCACGGUUUGAGCAAGGAAGGAGGAUGUAUGAGGGCUUAUCAACUGUUUGAAGAGGGACAAGCAUUUGGAUACUCGCCGUCUGAACCUACUUUCAAGGUCCUUGUUGAGGGUCUUUGCAUAGAAUCUGAUCUUUGCAAAGCCAAGAAUCUACUUCAGUUUAUGCUGAAUAAGCAAGGUGUGGACCGAACCCGAAUCUACAAUAUAUUCCUAAGAGCGCUUUGUUGUAUGGAUAAUCUUAGUGAGCUUUUAAAUGUACUUGUUUCCAUGCUUCAGGAUGGGUGCCAACCUGAUGUAGUUACCCUCAACACCGUUAUUAAUGGGUUCUGCAAGAUGGGAAGAGUUGAAGAAGCUUUGAAAGUCCUACAUGAUAUGUUGAAUGGAAAUCUUUGUGCUCCGGAUGCUGUUACCUUCACGACCAUUAUCUGUGGUCUACUAAAUGAUGGAAAGAUCAAAGAAGCCCUCGAUCUGUUGCACCACAAAAUGCCCGAAAAGGGUCUUUGCCGUGGUGUUGUUACUUACAAUGUAGUUCUUCGGGGGUUAUGCAAAUUACAGAAAGUUGAUGAAGCAAUGGGGAUUUUCAGUGACAUGGUUGGUCAAGGAGUGAUUGCUGACAGUACAACUUAUACAAUUAUGGUUGAAGGAUUAUGCGGAUCUGACCGAAUAGAGGAGGUAAAGGAAUUUUGGGAAAAUGUAAUUUGGCCCUCAGGAAUUCAUGAUGACUAUGUUUAUGCAGCAAUUCUUAAAGGCUUAUGUGGGUCAGGUAAACUGAAUGAGGCAUGUAAUUUCUUAUAUGAACUGGUUGACUGUGGGGUUGCCCCAAACAUUGUUAACUAUAACAUUCUAAUUGACAAUGCUUGCAAGUUGGGUUUGAAGAGAGAGGCUCACCAGAUAAUGGGAGAGAUGAGAAAAAAUGGGUUGGUCCCAGAUGCUGUGACAUGGAGAACUCUAGAUAAGUUGCACCGGAACUCAAAGAAAAUGUUCCCUGCUGAUAUUUUGCCUUCGCAAAGCAAAGAGGUUGCAGAAAAGUUGGAGAAGGAUUCUAGAAUUAGGGGACAAGGAGGUCCAACCUAGCAUGAGAUAUGUACUUCUAGCAUAAUGAAAGAAAUUGAGUGUCCUGGUUGAAAGGAACCCUGAGAUUUUAGAGAUAGAAUGUUAGAAACUGACCUUACAUGAUUUAUUUUUGGUAGCACAGUUGGAACUAGAGAAUCAAGAAGUUGCAUGCAUUUAUCUCAGCUUACUGGGCAACAUAAUCAAAGGAGAUGCAGGAUAAGUUAGAU